GGAUGUCAUCCGGACAUGAGGACAUUGAGUUACGGGGAAAGGCUGAACAGUGCACGUUCACAGACCGGCAGACAGAGGAAGGUCGCCAUGGACAGGAAUGGCUAUGAUCUGCGGAGAGUCUGCGGCCACGGCAAUACGCCAAAGAAUACAAGCAAGGUUAACAGAGGCACUGCAGUUCUGCCUGAGUCAGCGGAGAAGCUACAAUCAUUUGAUACCACCAUGACGUUUCACAAUGAGACACACUGCUUUAAACCAAUAGACAAAAAAGAUGUUGACAUUAUCAAUAUAAAAGGGAUCGAAGAUAUAGGAUAUGCACAGCCAGAAUCCGUGAUUUUGAACACCUUUACCGCAGACCUGGGUGCUCAUCAGACUACUGGCUUGUACUUCCAAGAUGGAAAACGCCACGUGGAUUAUGUGUUGGUGUAUCAGUACAAGAAAUCAAGCCGCAAAGGGUUAAGUUCACGCCACCGGGGUUCAGUCGGUAGUCGGCAGCAGGAGCUGGACGUUGAUGGCAAUCUGCAGCCAGUGGAUUUCCCGGAGGAUGACCGGAGGCUGCGCCGGGAAGAGUUUGAACUAAAUCUCCUUGAGGCUGGACUGGAACUGGAGAGCGAUGAAGAGACUAAAGCUUAUGGCCUAGGAUUUGUGAAGGUACACACACCGUGGCAUGUGCUCUGUCGGGAGGCAGAAUUUCUCAAGAUUAAGAUGCCCACUAAAAAGGUGUAUGAAGUAAAGCAGAAAACCGGGAUCCUCAGCAAAAUCUCAAAUAUUUUGUAUAAAAUGACUUCACCUUUGCGAACAAAAGUGGAAGAACAGAACAAUGUUACGUACAAGCAUCUGUCCUAUCCCUUCUCCAGAGAGAAGAAGCACUUAUUUGAUCUUUCUGAUAAGGAUAACUUUUUCAGCAGUACAACAAGAAGCACAAUAGUUUAUGAAAUUUUAAAAAGAACAACCUGCACCAAAGCCAAAUACAGCAUGGGGAUCACCAGUCUUCUAGCCAGUGGAGUUUAUGUUGCAGCCUAUCCUUUACAUGAUGGCCAUUACAGAGGGGAGUCCAUAGAAGAAAAUGACAGGAAGCUUCUCUACGAACAAUGGGCCAGCUAUGGAAUAUUUUACAAAUACCAGCCACUGGAUCUCGUUAGGAAGUAUUUUGGUGAGAAGAUUGCAUUUUACUUUGCCUGGCUUGGAGUGUACACACAAAUGCUGAUUCCAGCUUCCACCAUCGGGGUCAUAGUGUUCCUGUACGGAUGUGCAACUGUUAACGAGAAUAUUCCCAGCAUGGAGAUGUGUGACCACCGUGCCAAUAUCACCAUGUGUCCACUGUGCGACAAGACCUGCAGCUACUGGAAGCUGAGCACCACUUGUGCGACGGCACGAGCCAGCCACUUGUUUGAUAACCCUGCCACGGUUUUUUACUCCAUUUUCAUGGCAUUAUGGGCUGCCAUGUUCUUGGAACACUGGAAAAGGUGCCAAAUGAGGCUGAAUUAUAGGUGGGAUCUUACUGGAUUUGAAGAGGAUGAGGAACGAUUAAAGGAUCAUCCACGUCCUGAGUAUGAGGCUAGAGUUCUGAGUAAAGUUUUGAAAAAAGAGCUUCAACAGAAAGAAGAGAAGGCAGCGGAAGGCGUGGAGGAACAGCCAAACAAAUGGAAAAACAGAGUUUUGAAUGCCAUGGCUGGGGUGAAAUUGACUGAAAAGGAGAAACUGACCUGGAGGGACCGCGGCCCAGCUUAUCUGACAAAUAUAAUCAGCAUCCUGUUCAUGAUCGGCUUGACAUUUGCAAUCGUCUUUGGAGUGAUCCUGUAUCGAAUCUCCACGGCAGCAGCUAUGGCUGUGAGCCCUGAUCCAUAUGCCAAAGCUAAUGUCCGAGUCAUUGUCACAGCUACUGCAGUCAUCAUAAAUCUGGUGGUCAUUCUCAUUUUGGAUGAAGUCUAUGGUGCCGUUGCUCGAUGGCUGACAAAAAUUGAGAUCCCAAAAACAGACAAAAGUUUUGAGGAAAGAUUAAUUUUUAAGGCUUUUCUGUUGAAGUUUGUGAAUGCCUACACGCCAAUCUUUUACGUUGCGUUCUUCAAAGGCAGGUUCACAGGUCGACCUGGAAAAUAUAUAAAUAUCUUUCGCAGCAUGCGCAUGGAAGAGUGUGCUCCAGGAGGCUGCCUAAUGGAGCUGUGCAUUCAACUGAGCAUCAUCAUGCUGGGAAAGCAGUUAAUACAGAACAACCUGUUUGAAAUAGGCAUUCCAAAACUGAAGAAGCUGAUUCGAUACAUAAAGGCAAAAAGAGAGGCCAAAUUGGAGGCAGAAAGCAACUGCAAGGUCCCUCGCCAAUAUGAAUCAGACUAUAACCUCGAGCCAUUUUCUGGACUGACUCCAGAGUACAUGGAAAUGAUUAUCCAGUUUGGAUUUGUUACGCUGUUUGUGGCAUCCUUCCCACUUGCCCCAUUGUUUGCACUGCUGAACAAUGUCAUUGAAAUCCGACUGGACGCUAAGAAGUUUAUCUCUGAACUCCGAAGACCCAAUGCGGCAAGAUCAAAGGACAUCGGUAUCUGGUACAACAUUCUCAGAGGCAUUGGGAAGUUGGCAGUCAUCAUUAAUGCGUUUGUUAUCUCAUUCACUUCUGACUUCAUUCCACGCUUAGUCUUCAUGUACUUGUACAGUCCAGACGGCACAUUGAAUGGGUUCACCAAUAACACUCUGUCUUACUUCAACGUGAGCCACUUUGAACCGGGUUCAGAGCCACUUGAGCCGAUGGCACUUGGAUACAAGGUUGAAAUCUGCAGGUACAAAGACUACAGGGAACCUCCAUGGUCUUCUCAACCAUAUGACCUGUCAAAGGAAUUCUGGUCAGUCUUAGCAGCAAGGUUGGCAUUUGUCAUCAUUUUUCAGAACCUAGUUAUGUUCAUGAGCGAUUUUGUCGACUGGAUGAUCCCAGACAUUCCAAAAGAAAUCAGCGAACGCAUAUCAAAAGAGAAGUCAUUAUUGGUGGAUCUCUUCCUGAAAGAGGAGCAGACGAAGCUGCAAAUAGUGGAGGCACUUUCAUCGCAAGAGAAAGAGAGGACAGAGGAGGACUUUGACGAAUGUCCCAUGGAAAAUCCAAUGGAUCUGUCUGGACACUGCACGGCUGAAGCAGAUGCUUCCCAAUCCAAUUUUAUAAAUACAGAAAAGGAAGUAAUUUAGGGAACUGUUUUUAAAGUAACAAGUUUCUUUAGUUUGGGGCAUUCCACAAUAUGGCAAGGUGUCACUCUAAUGGAGCAGCAAUAUCUUGACAGGCACACCUUCAAUGGACAGCUUAAGUUUGCUGUUGUUCAUGUUGCCAUUUUGAAAAUGUUGAUGCUAGAAUCACUUUCUUUACAGAUGAGGUGGACCAUGACUUAACUGUAAAAAUAUCUAUUUUUACACAGUAAAAAUGCAGGGAAUAUCACUGUUUUGUAUUCUACAGGAAUGUUCCAGAUAUUUUCCAUUUCUUAUAUAAUAAAAGCAAGUUUAGCCUGAAGCUUGCUGUGGGGUUGGGGGGAGGGGUAGGGGUUAUAGUGAAGUAUUCAAUAGUUUGAGCUUCUUUUGGCAAAUUAUUUUAAGUUCUGUGUUUUAAAUUUGAUAUAAUUAUUCAGCAUUUGACUUUCCUCUGUUGCUGUAUUAGCCUUCUAACAUGUAGUCCUUGCUCCUUCUAACUCUUACACCCUCCAUCUGAAGCAACCAUAGCUUGAGCAAACAACGCAAGUUCACUUCAGAUUGAGGUUUCCAAUCCGUAGGAACUCUCCACUAGCAAUUUGAAAGAGUGCCCAUUUUGGAUAAUGCGGCUGAGAGGGAAAUGGGGAAUACUGACAAGGAGCUUGAAAACUGUUUCUGUAGUCACAGUUAGAAUUAAUAAGCCCAAAGCAGCUUGGUACUUACCUAUCCUAUUACAGACAUACGUUUAUGUAAUUAAUGGAAAAUCCUGGAACACUUUCCAUAGCAGUACUGUCCUUUUGCCUUCAUCAGCACUGCUAAAAUGAGCACGUGAAUGAAACCACGGCCUAGCUCGUGACAGGACUUGCCAAUGCCUGGAUAUCUUGCAAUCUCAGUUUCUUCUCAUGACAAUGUCAUCUGCCUUAUGAUGGUUUUUCACAAAAGGGCUCUAGAGUCUUUGUAGUUAGCUUCAAAUCGUGCACCUUAAUUUUCACAAAUGCCAGCAGGAUCCUGAUUAAAGUAUAAACCAUUUACUAUCUUGAGUAGAUAGGUUAUUCGCAUCCAGUGAUUUGAUUGGCUGAAUAAAGGGGAUUAAUUCCUGGUGGAGUCCCAAAUUCUAAGAAUUGUUUCUUACGGAAAAGUAGUGGGGACACGUUUUAGGAUCCCAAUCCGAACUGAGACAGAAUUGUAUUCAGUAGACUUUCUGGAUGCUGCUUCUCUGAUUCAGGAGACUAAACUGUAUGAACAAACACCUAGAGUCAUAGUUCGAAAAAAUCCUUUUUUUCCCCUUUCUUCACAUUUCUUCAUUUUUGCCCUUCCCCCCGCCCUCCAACCUGCUGUAGAAAGGGAUCUCUCAACUAUUGAAUUAAGAUAGUGCCUUUGGCAAGCUAUUACAUUGGGGAUUAGGUGUGGUAGGGAGGGACAUAAUUUGAUUCAUUGUUUAGGCACUAGAUCAGAAGUGUAAUUUUAGGUUUCACAGAGCUCUAAUAUCAAAGUUAGAAAUAUGCACUAUUUAUGUAUCAUUUUUGAUUUUUAGGAAUUUAAGAGCACUUUAGUGUUUAAUGUUCUUGCAAUAAUAGAAAAUGUUGAAACACAAUAUUAUACAUUGUAUUUGGAGGGAAUUUCCCUAUGUAAAGGUUUUCAACCUGUAACAUGUACAUUGGCUAUAUGGAAUUUCCUUUUAAUGCAUUCUGUAUAAUUACCUCAAUAUCAUUGCUUGUCAGUUGAUUUUUACUUUUGCAACACUUUAUGCAUUUUUUUGGAUUGGAGCAUAUUUAUCUGAUAUUUCUCUUCCAUUGUUCUGCACUUCUCUACCCAGGACACUAUGCUGAGCUUUGAUGCCUGAUUCCAUCUGUGUGAUCUUUCUUUAUAAUGUAAAGUCUCUCAGUACGCUUACAAAUUCUGGUACGCAGUCACCUUGAGUUCCCCAUCUGCCAAUAUUUUUAUGUAAACUGCAAGAUUCUAAUAAUUCUGUCUGAAUUGACAGUCUUAAAAUUUAAAAAUAUUUUAAUUGGUUCAUACUUUUUCCAACAUUUUUCACACUAACUUGUAACAAACUUGAUCAUCAGUUUAAUGCAUUGAUUAACUUACCGUCAAUCAACCCUAAACCAUGGACAAAGCCUCACUGGAAACCACAUUCUCCCAUAACCUCAUAGGAUGCACAAUUAACACUCUCCCAGAUUAUAUAGGCUUGCACACAUAGAGAGAUUUAAAAUUGUCCAAUUAAAUUAUCAAAGGCAAACUAAAAUACACCACAAAAAUCAAAAGAUAUGCACAUUAGAUUGACUAUUUAAAACAAAAUGCUUCAAUAAUAAUAUUGCCAGUGUGUUUUGUUGAAAGUUAAAAUACAAUUGCUCUUUUAAAUGCUAAACAACAGAGAACAAUUGAAUGAAGGGCUUCACUCAGGUGAUCUUUGGAAAAUUAUUUUUUUGAAUGGUGGACUGUAGGAGGAUUUUACACCAACAUAAAGAAAAACAAAUGACUUGAAGUAGUUUCUUUUCACAUUUUUCAAUUUCUCUCUGAUUUUACGAACACAUAGUAAUGACUUUUCCAGGCUUCUCCGCAUUGUCUGCCUUUGUUGGAUUAAGGAUAUUCAAGUUUAAAACUGAAGGGAGUGUUGUUCGGAGUUUGCGUGGAUGCCAGGUAGAACAGGUAGCCCAGUUUCCAUCAUUGCCCUCGUAUGGUCUUUACUUUCAUGUUAACCCCACUGUUGUCCUUUUUUGCGACUUUCAACCUAACCUCCACUGAACAAAUUUGUAAAAACAUCUUCAACAAAAAGAUUUUUCCCCAAUUUACUGUUUCUCUCUUUGCACCUGUUCAAUUCUCCAAAUGAUUUUCCUUUAGAUCAAAUGCUUCUUUAAAGUUCUUUCUUGUGCCCCUUACUCCCAACCUUCCAAUGAAGGAAUUAAUACUGCAGGAGGUAAUUCAUCCAAAAUAAGAAUAUGAAGGAAUUGUUUUAAAAAAAAACUAUUCAAUAAUUCCUUUAUGUUCUUACUAUGGAGCAAUUACCAGUAAAGUAAGAACAUGAGGGAAUUCAUGUCUAUGGGACAGAUUUGCUGUAAGAGUGAAAUAGGUGAUUUAUAAAGUUAUGAUGCAUAAUUUGUUUCUGAGGUCAAAGCCUAAAGAAAGCAUCAAUUAAUAUGUUCAAAAUGCUUAGAGGACAGAGGGGAGCAAAAUUGAACUAACUAAGCAGAUUUUUUAAAUUGAGGAAAAAGUCUAAAUUUCCCUAAACGUGAAAUUCAACAAGUCAAAUGGUGAAACCUAUUUGAGAAUGUACUGGGUCAAGGGCAUUUCGUAUGCACGUAUUCUGCACAGUUUGAAAGUUUGCUUGUAUGUAAUCAGUUCAAAUUUACUCUUAAAUGAAUUUAGAUGUUUUUUGAACAAGGUUCCCAGGGAUCUUAUUUAUAUAAUAAAAAGGGAGAGGGAACUUUCGGUUCAACUAAGUGCUGGAAGAGGAUUGUAAUGUGAAAGAUGCACAUACAAUCAGCAGUUGCUAUAUUACUAUUCACAUGCAGGGGCUAUAGAUCCUGGUUUCCAUUCUAGUUGAACACCCUGGUUUUCAAAACUGCUGUAGCUCUGAAGAUGUAGAUUUCUGCAUCACCUUCUGAAAGUGGUAAUUGCUUUGGAGUAAAUGUUUUAUUUUAACAUAUUUUUGCUUGUUAGAAAUUAUGAUUGGGACACUUUUUCACAGAUUCUCUUCCUUAACAAAAAUGUGUAUUUAGAUCACUUCCUUACACUCCACGAUACACAAGGGAGCGAAAAUAAAUAUGCUUUUGAAACAGAAAUCUAGCCUACUCUAUAUGCAAACAUUUCCAAUCACAUUUAUGUGUGUCAUGUGUAUUUUUAUGCAAAAGUAUAUUCAAAAUUGUGGAAAAAUGGUGGGAACCUGAAAAUAAUUUUAAAGACCCAGAAGUCUUAUCCAGAUAUACAAUAUAUGUAAAAUGAUUUAUGGUCCUUGAAUAUUAAAGGCUAUAAUUUGUAUCUCAACCAUAAAACCAUUUGACUAUGUUGGAAUGAAAUAUUGUUUAAAAAAACAUAUAUACAUACAUUAAUCCUACUUAAACGUACACUGGACAUUUUUUUUGCCAUGUUCAACUUGUUACCAGUGUCUCAAUUUUGUUCUUUACAUAAUCAGUGUACUAAUUUAGCCAAGUUUGUUGUAAGGAAUUCUGCUUAUAAGCAAUUACUUUUCUCGGUCUAUUGUGUGUCACAAAAUACACUGUAGUAGAACGCUAAUGAUUUUGACAAGUUUAUCUCUGUAUACUAUGGGAAAAUAAUAUGAAUAAUGAAAAAGCUGAGAAAAAAAUUAAAAGUUUUAGGGUUUUUAAUCUGA